UUUGUAGCAAGAUUUGCGGAAUCUUUUUCUAUUGGACAAAACAAUGUUCAAAUAGGUGUUACAUUAUUUUCAUCCCAGAUCCAUCAUCAGUUUGAUAUGGGUCUCCAUACUAAUCUCACUUCUAUGCUUGAGGCUAUCGAGUACAUCCCAAAUCGUUUAGGCAGUUCACAGACUGAUAAUGCACUCGAAUGGGUCUUUAAGCACGCGUUUUCUAAGGAAGCUGGAAACAGAGAUAGUGUGCCUAAUAUACUUAUUGUUUUAACUGAUGUAUAUGCAGUUAAGGAAAUCCAGACUCUUGCAUCAGGACUCCAAGGACAUGACAUGAGCGUUUUUGUCAUUGGUAUUGGACUAUUACCAGACCCCUCCGAAUUGGCACAGAUAGUUACACACCAACAGGGAAUUUCCCCUGUAUCAGCCUAUGGUACGCUUUGGGAUCUACAGAUUAAACUUCAAGAUUCAGUAUGCCAAGUCACACCUACUACUACUACUACUUCUACUGAAACUAUUAUACCAGCAAAUUGUAUUGACGCAACAUAUGUAAAGUGUGAUGACAUUCAUAUAUGUAGUGACAACGCACUCAGGCAAAAAUGCCCAGUAACAUGUGGACUCUGUGACGCUGGUGUCAAAAGCACAACACUUUCAUGGAUUCAUAUUGUGGGAAAAUAAACUAAAACACAAAUUAUUAUGUUGUUUCACAUAGUUUUAUCC